UGAUAUAUUUUAAAGUUAAAAUAACCAUGUAAUUAGAAUAUAAUAGUCUCCUUAACACUAACUUUUCCAGUAAAAGCCUUAGAAGCUGCUAUCUCCACAACCUGGUGGACGUUGCUUCUGGCCCAGCAGUCCAGACUUACCUUCCGAAUAUUUUCGAGACAUUGAGGAACGAAGAGAGUUUCUUGUGACGGAGGUCUGGAGGUCGAGACAGGAUGUCUCGGGAGGCGGCGGACGUGGAGACCCCCGAGUGUGUUGUUAUCAUAGAAGAAGAAUCUGAAGAAGAAUCUGAGUUUAAAUAUGAGGUGGCCCUGGAUCCAGACUCUGUAGAGCUGCAUGUGGACAAUACUGCAGACAAGGAGGCAGAAGACCCUUUAAGGAUAGACGGCGGCUCGGACGGCGCCGGCGAGUUCAAGUUCGAGGUGGCCGUGGAGCCCGAGUGUGUGCUCCUGCCCGUCGAGAUCGACACCUUUCACGACAAAUCUCGCCCCUCCAUGCCCCCGCUUCGCGACCACGAUGCCGCCGACACCGCAAACUCCGAAGAGGAAACUUACAUUGACUCUCCACUAAACGCAGAGAACGUCUGUGAGAACUGCGGGAGAGCAUACGCACACAAACGUAGUCUAAUACGUCACAUGGUGAUCUGUCUGCCUGGUUCAACACCUAACCCUAAUAUCAUCUGUCAAAGCACUACGAGGCCAAAGAAAUUUACCUGCGAGAUAUGCCAAGAAACAUGCGACGAUUUUGAACAUUUAAAGAGCCAUAUCCGAAGCCACACGGGAGACAAACCAUUCACAUGCGAAAUUUGUAACAAAGAAUUCGCGCUUUUAUACUAUCUGAAGAAACAUAAGCGAAUUCACGCCGGGGAAAUAUCGUGUGAAGUGUGCAAUAAAGCAUUUGCGACACCUAGCCAUUUGAAACGGCAUCAAUCAACCCAAAGGUGUGCAAAGACAUUCUCGUGUAAGCUAUGUGACGAGAAAUUUGCAACGAUAAGUAGUUUAAAUGUCCAUCAGCGAACUCACACUGGUGAGAAAAUAUUUUCUUGCAAUAAUUGUCCGAAGAAGUUUACGAGCUCGAGCAACUUGCGGAUACACGAGUAUAUUCACACUGGGGAGAAGCCGCACAAGUGCGAGUUCUGCAGCAAGCGGUUCACGCAGGUGAGCACUCUUAACAACCACCGGCGGAUACACACAGGUGAAAAACCAUACUCAUGCGAAUAUUGUUUGAAGAAGUUCGCGUUUUUAGGCAAUUAUAAGGCACAUAAGCUUAUUCACUUAUAAUUACGUUAAAGUCGGUUAAGAAAUAAAAUAUUGAAAGAACUUAAUUAUAUAGCACUUGGCGGUCGAAAGAAUAACAGGUAUAAAAAUUAUAAAAUGUAUUAUUUAUUAAAAGUAAAUAAAGAAGAUUUUUAUAUUUCUGAGUUCUUUAUUGUUAUGCAUUCAACAUUGUGAACGAAUACAAAUUUUAAAACAA